AUGUUUGUCCUGGUGGAGAUGACUGACACAGUAAGAAUUCCUCCCUGGCAGUUUGAGAGGAAACUGAAUGAUUCCAUUGCUGAAGAGCUAAACAAGAAAUUGGCCAAUAAGGUUGUGUACAAUGUCGGCCUCUGCAUCUGCCUGUAUGAUAUCACAAAGCUGGAGGACUCCUACAUAUUCCCUGGAGAUGGUGCCUCACACACCAAAGUGCAUUUCCGCUACGUCGUCUUCCACCCCUUCCUGGACGAGAUUCUCAUCGGGCAGAUCAAGAGCUGCACCCCAGAGGGCGUCCACGUUUCCAUUGGAUUCUUCGAUGAUAUUGUCAUCCCACCAGAAUCCCUGCAGCAGCCAGCUAAGUUUGACGAAGCAGAGCAGGUGUGGGUGUGGGAGUACGAGACAGAAGAAGGGGCCCAUGACCUGUACAUGGACAUAGGGGAGGAGAUCCGCUUCCGAGUGGUGGAUGAAACCUUUGUGGACACCUCGCCGACGGGCCCGAGCUCUGCAGAGGCUUCCACCUCCAACGCCACGGAGGAAGUGCAGAAGAAAGAGGCACCCUACACUCUUGUGGGAUCCAUCAGUGAGCCAGGCCUGGGCCUCCUAUCAUGGUGGACGAACAGCUAGCUGCAGUCAGAGCCUGCUCUGCACAGAGCCCUUCCUGUGCCUGCGUGGGGAUGAUGGGACCCUGCUGCUGCUCGCUGCUCCUCUGGAGCGGAAGGAGAAAUCAGACCUGCCAUUCUCUGUAUCCCCUUCAGCUUCCACCCUGCCAGAGCGAGACAGUCCCUUUCAAGA